UUACAAAAUCUUCCAUAACCACCAUAUUUUUCUUUCCUCAUCCAACAACUCACCCAUCUGUACUCACCACCGUCCUCAGGGGCGCAGCCCAGUGGCUAAAGUGGGGGAAAUGUUUGCUUCCAUACUGCGGCGGUUCGAUUCCGGACUACUCUGCUUUACCCACUUGGGUUAGCCCUUGCCCUCUCGCCUCUAAACGUUAGUCUCUGACGCGGGAGGUCGCUGCAAAAACAGCCGAGGGGGACGCCCCCCACAUCACCGGGACAGUGGUGGCGGGCCGGCUAACGUGACCGGUCUUCACGUUUUGCUUCCAUCUGUACUCACCACCAUCUUCUUCCAAACUCCAUUGAUGCUCUGUACCAUCAAAUCACCUACAUUAUGAAGAAAUUAAGAAGCUUCUACAUGCACUUGAAACAUCCACACACCAUCAAACGCAAAUGGAUCUAUCCAUUAGCCCUCGGGUCAACCCUAUCCCUCUCCCUCCUAUUCCUCCUAACCCUAACUCCACUCGCCGGAAACCGCCUCUACAACUACUACACAACCGCCGGAACCUCCGUUUUCAUCGAAAACAAACUCCGGCCGAUCGGUAUUUCCGACGCUGUCCGUCCGGUCCGGUUCGCGUACCUAAUUUCCGGUUCAAAUCACGACGGCGAUAUGCUCCGGCGAACGCUUCUCGCUCUGUACCAUCCGAAUAACCGCUAUGUAGUUCAUUUAGACGCUGAAUCGUCGCCGGAGGAGCGGUUACGGUUGCAUGAGUUUGUGGUUAAUCAUCCACUGUUCAUGAAGUUUGGUAAUGUGGUGAUGAUCACGAAGGCGAACCUCGUGACGUACCGUGGACCGACUAUGGUGGCGAAUACGCUCCACGCGGCGGCGAUGUUGUUGAGAGACGGUGGAGAUUGGGACUGGUUUAUUAAUCUGAGUGCUUCUGAUUAUCCACUGGUCACUCAAGACGAUCUGAUUUAUGUGUUCUCUACGUUAGCGAGGGAUGUUAAUUUUAUUGAUCAUACGAGUAAUAUUGGAUGGAAAGAGUUUCAAAGAGCGAAGCCUGUGAUUGUGGAUCCUGGGUUGUAUAUGAGUGAAAAGAGUGAUGUGUUUUGGAUUACACAGAGGAGGAGUGUGCCAACAGCUUUCAAAUUAUUUACAGGAUCUGCUUGGAUGGUUUUGUCUCGUCAAUUUGUUGACUUUUGUAUAUGGGGAUGGGACAAUUUACCUCGAACGGUCCUUAUGUACUACGCGAAUUUCAUAUCAUCUCCCGAAGGCUAUUUUCAUACAGUCAUAUGUAACACAAAAGAAUUCAGAAAUACAACCGUAAACAGUGAUCUCCACUUUAUAGCGUGGGAUAACCCUCCAAAACAACACCCUCACUACCUUACGUUACAAGACAUGACUAGGAUGAUCGACAGCAACGCCCCGUUUGCACGAAAGUUCCAUCAAGAUGAACCCGUGCUUGAUAGGAUCGACUCUGAACUAUUGUUUCGAGGGCCAGAUAGGAUUGUUCCUGGUGGGUGGUGUGCCGGGAGUCGUGAAAGUGGUUCAGACCCGUGUUCAGUGGCUGGGAAUCUUACACGGCUUGAUCCUACAAGUGGGGCGCAAAGGCUACAGAAGCUUGUGAGCUCACUUUUGUCAGAGGAGAGUUUUAGACCAAGACAAUGCAGAUAGACGACUACAAGUGGCGGAUGUUCAUGGGUUGUAAUUAGUUCGUGUGUGUGAUGAAUGACCACCGCCAUGUGGAUUAGCCUUGAUUCUGAACAUACUGCUGAAGAAAGCAAUCGGUAAUGAUAACGGUAAGGAUAAUGCGGUUUAUUUGAUGUGUUGUAGUGAGCGAAUUCUUUUAGAACCCUGUUUCACCAAUUUUUACAUCUUCUUCUAAGGGUGAUGAUAGGGGUUGAUUGUAAGUUACUGAAAAAAAUACUUUGAUGCCAUUUUAGCAGGCACAAGAAAAAUGCUGUAAAAUAUAUCACAAUUCAAGAACAUGACUUUGCUGAUGUGUAAUUAAAAGAUUUUUUUGGGGGAUAUUUUAUGAAUUA